AUUCUCACUCUCUCACUCAAACAGAUUUUUUCUCUCUCUUUUCACAGCAAAGGGUUGGGUUGGGUCCUGCAUUAUCGGAGCAAAUCGCCGGAAAUUCUCCGUCCACGGGAACGAAAAUGGCGAUGAUUCUUGCGAGGAAGCUGUUGCAACGGCGAUCGCCGCAGCUGCUUCGUUGGCAGAGUAGCUUCCCUCAGGCAGCGGUCAAAAACGACGUUGCAUCCAGAGCCUCCGCCGAAUUGGAGCUUCCACCGUUUGACUACGCUCCUCCGCCGUACUCCGGUCCUUCUGGUGACGAAAUACUGGCGAAGCGGAGGGAGUAUCUGAGCCCUUCACUGUUUCAUUUUUACAAGAAUCCCCUGAAUGUGGUGGAAGGGAAGAAGCAAUACUUGUUCGACGAGAAGGGAAAGAGGUACUUGGAUGCAUUCGGGGGAAUUGCUACGGUGUGCUGCGGGCACUGCCACCCGGAUGUGGUCGACGCCAUCAUCAACCAAACCAAACGGUUGCAACACUCUACUGUCCUCUACCUUAACCACGCCAUCGCCGAUUUCGCCCAAGCCCUCGCUUCCAAACUCCCCGGUAACCUUAAGGUGGUGUUUUUCACAAAUUCUGGAACUGAAGCAAACGAAUUAGCGAUAAUGAUAGCAAGGUUGUACACUGGGUGCCAUGACAUAAUAUCUUUAAGGAAUGCCUAUCAUGGGAAUGCAGCUGGGACCAUGGGUGCCACUGCACAAAGCAUCUGGAAAUUUAAUGUAGUUCAGAGUGGUGUUCAUCAUGUAGUGAAUCCAGAUCCAUACAGAGGUAUCUUUGGUUCUGACGGAGAAAAAUAUGCAAGAGAUGUCCAAGAUGUCAUUAACUUUGGAACUUCUGGAAAUGUUGCAGCGUUCAUAUCUGAAGCAAUACAGGGAGUUGGGGGUAUUGUGGAAUUGGCUCCUGGUUACUUGCCUGCUGCUUACAGUAUGGUUAAGAAAGCUGGAGGGCUUUGUAUUGCCGAUGAAGUUCAGGCCGGCUUUGCUCGCAUCGGCAGCCAUUUCUGGGGAUUUGAGUCUCAUGGUGUUGUUCCUGACAUAGUCACAAUGGCCAAGGGCAUUGGAAAUGGCAUUCCCCUUGGUGCUGUUGUAACUACUCCAGAGAUCGCCGAGGUCUUGACGCGCCGAUGUUACUUCAACACCUUUGGUGGGAACCCUGUAUGUACCGCUGCAGGGUUGGCAGUUCUGAAAGUAAUAGAGAAAGAGAAGCUUCAACAAAAUGCUCUUCUUGUUGGAUCUUACUUGAAGGAGAGGCUAACUGCACUCAAAGAUAAAUAUGAAUUGAUUGGUGAUGUGAGAGGAAGAGGUCUCAUGCUAGGAGUUGAACUUGUCGCCGAUCGAGAACUUAAAACUCCUGCAAAAGCCGAAACACUACAUGUAAUGGACCAAAUGAAAGAAUUAGGAGUGCUAAUUGGAAAGGGUGGUUACUAUGGAAAUGUCUUCAGAAUCACACCACCUCUCUGUUUCACCAAAGAAGAUGCAGACUUCCUGGCGGACGCAAUGGACUUGACCCUGUCUAGAAUGUAAAGCAUAGCUACGUGGAUUAUGAUAUUGUCAAUAAUAAGUUGCUACUUCAUCAAGUGGAAAUGUAUUAUAUCAUCUUCAUAGAGAUGAAAUCACAGAUAGCAACUUUAGACCUGCAAUAUGAAGACUAUGAUCUUAGAAAUAUGAAAUAUGUGUAGAUAUAUAAUAAUUUAUAUUGUUUCCUCCUAUCAAGUUAAGCUUUUAGGUAAAAUAGUUUUAUAACAUCGAAUUAAAAUAUUAUUUCAUUUUAUAAGUUUAAACUUUUGAGAAAAGUGAUUUUAUAAUAACAAGAGUCAAUAUCUCAUUGUCUCUAGUUUAACAAUAAUGUUUUCGUCCUAUGUUAUUUUAUUUCAUUGAGUGUUAUUUUAA